UCCCCCUUCUUUCUUUCUAAAUUGUGCUAAGAGAAGAGAAUAAUAAGAAUUCUCUAAUUUUUAAUACCGAAAUCAUUAAAUGAUUUUGAAUUUCUAAAAAAACAUCAAAAGUAUCGAAGCGUAGAUCCAAUUCGAAAAAAAAAGAUAAAGAGAUUAGACAACAUAAUAAUAAAUAUAAUAAUUAGCAAUGGAUAUGGUGAUGAACAAGGCAGGUUCGUAUUUGAUUGGUCAGAAAGCUGGCAAGGAAUUCAAUUCCGUCACCAAUGAUCUUAACAACUUGCAAAACAGUAUUACUGGAGGAACCAAAAAGCUCGUGAACAAAAUGAAAGGAAAAACACAAAGGCCAUUACCAGAGCUACUAAAGGAGUAUGAAAUUCCAACGGGCAUUUUCCCUCGCGAAGCAACAAACUACGAGUUUAAUGAAGAGACAAAGAAACUUACUGUCCAUCUACCGGAGAUAUGUGAAAUUACAUAUAGAGAUGCAUCGAUUGUACGAUUCAAUAAUACAGUUAGUGUACAUAUAGAGAAGGGAAAGUUAGAUGAAAUAGAAGGAAUGAAAACAAAAGUAAUGUUCCUUUUUAUAACAGUUAGUGUUAUUUUGUUUGAACAAACAGAAAUUCAUUUCACUGCUGGAUUGAGGAGAACACGUCCAAGAAAUGCAUAUGAAGCCAUUAGAGAUGGAAUUGGGAUAGACAAAUUCUAGUGAGAUCAACUAACUCUCAACAUUGAGUUUUUCGUAUAAUAUGAUACUUUCUUGUUAAAAUUUUGGGGAGAAUUGAUUUUAUAGGUAAUGUAUAAUUUUUUUUUAGUUUUAUGAUUUUUUGUGAGAGA